AUGUCAUCCGUUCCCUACGUGGAGGACUUUUUUGUUGUGAAUCGCUGGAUUUUGCGUUGUGCUGGCUUGUGGAGACCAGAAACCAAGAACAAAACCAUUCAGUUGUUAUACACUGGUUAUGCCACAGGAAUUUUUCUGUUUGUUAAUGUAUUUUUCACAUUUACUGAAUUUCUAAGUUUGAUUUAUACUUACAAUAAUGAAUACGACUUGAUAAAAAAUGUGAGUUUUGCUCUUACUCAUUUAAUGGGCGCUGUGAAGGUCAUCUUCUUUUAUUUUCAAGGAAAUAACCUAAUAAAGAUCAUGACAACUUUGGAAUCUGCUGAACUCCACUACGAAAACAGUUUUGAAAGGGAAUUUUUUCCCGGUUUAAUUUCAAGGACAUACAAGAAAGAAGGAAUUAAAUAUACGCUAUUAUUUUUCAUGCUUGCACACGCAACUUUGAUAUCAUCUUAUAUACCACCCACUAUAGCAGCGCUUCAGUAUGAAGAGGGUAAUCCAAGGAAAACAUUACCCGAAAAAUUGCCAUAUUAUAGUUGGAUGCCAUUCCGAUGUGCUACUUCUACUACUUAUUUGAUAGCAUUGGGGUAUCAGGCUAUACCUAUGUUUUCUUACGCUUAUAGCAUAGUGGGCAUGGACACAUUGUUCAUGAAUAUAAUGAACUGCAUAGGAAUGAAUUUGGAUAUCAUCCAAGGUGCAUUUGCGACACUCAGAGAAAGGUCUGUUGAAAAAACCACAGGCCCUUUGUUAACUCCGGAUGGACUUUACAAUUCCCAAGAUCUGAAAAUAAUUUUAAACCAAGAAAUGAAAAAAGUUUGCAGGCAUCUCCAAACAGUUUACAAGGUCUGUGAAGAUUUGGAGAAUAUACAUACAUUUUUGACACUAUCCCAAACUACAGCAACUUUGUUUAUACUUUGUUCGUGCUUGUAUCUGGUUUCGACGACCCCUGCAUCUAGCAAACAAUUUUUGGCGGAGAUUGUUUAUAUGAUAGCUAUGGGUUUUCAGCUUAUACUGUAUUGUUGGUUUGGAAAUGAAGUUACCCUCAAGGCCGACAAUAUGCCUUUUUACAUUUGGCAAUGUGACUGGAUUACCGCAGACUCGGAAUUCAAAAGAGCGAUGAUUUUUACUAUGGUUCGAGCAAAAAGACCUCUUCGUCUCACGGCUGGAAAAUUCGCUCCCCUCACUCUGGGAACUUUUAUUGCAAUCAUCAAGGCGUCCUAUUCUUUCUACACCGUUAUUAAAAAUACGUCUGACUGAAGAAAUCGCAAGGUUUCGAAACAGUUGUAGGUUGUGGAACUUCAAUAACUGACUCUCCGUAAGUCCGUAACUUUCAUAAUGGAGGAUCCUAUACCAAAAGCUACCGAUUGAUUGAAGCCAAUAACUAAGGAAAUUCAAACUCAAAUUGUGUUUAAUAAUAUAUUAGUUGUUUCAAAAGUGUUAUCCGUUUCAAUGUAUUUUUGAAGUC